UAUCUUUUGUUUUUGAUAAAUAUAUGUUUUAUACCGGUGUUUUAGCUGCAUCUUGUGUGUUAAUUGGUAACAACCGCCGAAAAUUUAAUACGCAGAACGACGUAAUAGCUGUGAAGAAAAAUAAAAGGGGCAAAUUGUGAAGGUUGUAGUCGUUACUACUCUGUCAGUUUUGCGUUGGAUUUAAACAUGGACGGGACAAAAACACUUCCAAAAAUGUCGACAUCUUUGGCUAAGUCUCUGAGCCAGAGGAAUUUUGACGCUGACAAAUUUGCCAAAAGCAUAAGCGCUCAGUCUGAUGGAGAUAAAGACUUGCAAGAAAACCGACAAAGAGUUCACGCUCUUGGAGAAGACACUGCUCAAAUAUUAAAGAAACAAGUUUAUCACAACUAUCAGCAGUUCAUCGAUACUGCAAAAGAAAUCUCAUUCCUUGAAGGAGAAAUGUUCCAAUUAAAUCACAUUCUCACUGAACAGAAGAACUUAAUGGACACAAUGACAACUAUAUUUGCUUCUAAAGCUAAAGAUGACUCCUCGAAGGAAGAUAGCAGCAAGAGAAAAGCUGAGGACAAAGCACUAGAACAGAAAAAGGCCAUGUCUGCACUGCGUGAUAAAAUGGAAGGAUGUGCCAACAUCAUAGACGCUCCAGGUCGUUACUUAGUUCAUGAUGGUGAUGUUUCAGAACUCGACACGGAUUCUUUUAAUCAGAUUUCAAAAAUUCACCUUUUUCUAUUCAAUGAUAGUCUUAUGGUGACCACCUGGGUUGGAACAAGACGCGGCAAUGCAGUUGCAGGAAAAUAUAAAUAUCAAGUCCUAAUACCAAUUGACACACUUGCUAUUGUUAAUGCCAGGGAUGUAGGACCUGUGAAGAAUGCUUUCAAUGUUCUUGUGCUUCCGGAGUCUAGAAUGUUUCAAUGCGAAAACUCAAAGGAAAAGAGAGAAUGGUUGGAAAUCAUGGAUUCCACGAAACGUAAGCAUCUGGCUGAUAGAGAAAAACCACCAGAACCUGACACACCAACCACUCCUAUGUCACCUACUAAGAUCUUCAAUCCUUUUAUGGAAAUGGAUAAGGAGGACACGGGAAGUCCGGAAAAACGAAAUGAAAAACUUCCGAAAGUGAUUGUUGGUGACCCACAUUUAAAUGAGGAAUGGAUUGUUGAAAUGCCAGAAGAUCUGGAUGUUUUUAUUGCACAAAGAAACUUUGAACAAGCAGUGGAAGUUAUAUUGAAAACCAAGGAAUUUCUAUCUGACAUCAGAGAUUGCCCUGCUAAAGUAGAAGUAGGAGAACAACUUCAUAAUCGAACCACACAAUUGGUGGAUGUGUUAUCGCGUGAGUUAAAGUCGUCUCCCGAUCGGAGUCUGCGAGGAGGCCCUCGUGUGGUGAGAAGACCGGUUGUUCUCCUUAUUCGAUUGCAUGAAACAUCCAAGGCUUGUAGUCUCUUUCUUUCAAACCGAAGCAGUGCAGUUACAUUCGCAAUCCGCCAACUAAGAACUGAGGGCUCCCUGUCCCUUUACAUUAGCAAGUUGUGUAAAGUUUUCUUUAACAACCUGGAAGAAACAGCUCGAGAAUUCAACCAAGCGUUCACGGAUAUAAAAGGCUGCUACUCGUCUUUUGUAGUUUGGAGUCGAAAUGAACUAACUUCAUUCGUCGAUACAUUUUCUCAACAAGUAUUCGGUCGUAAUGCUGAUAUUUCUGAGGUGGCUGAGUGUGUACAGAAUGCACAAUCUCACUGUGAGAGGCUCCACAACUUAGGUCUUGAUCUCAGCUUCCUCCUAAACAACCUCCUUCUCCCUCACAUCCAAUCCUCGCUCCGGGAUCACAAGCAGAAGAUCAUUGAUGCAACAAAACUCAGAAACUCCGAAGAAUUAUGGCGACCAAGUAACCUUGGAACACCACAGGCAACUGAAAGAUUAGUAGGCGAGAUGUUGCAGCUUGGUUUAAAGUCAUUUGUAGAUUAUUGCUACGACGGAUGUUUCUCAAGACUUACUGGUUCCACUCUUGCUUUUACAAGAGCUAUCCUGACACAUGUAGACAGUGCUGUGAAGAUGAUGUUACCUGACUUACAAAAGUCGAUUGUUGAAGGAACAGCAGAGGUUGUGAUGUCAUACACAGAGUUCACGCUUGGUUGCGUACAGAGUGAAACUGAGAGACCUGAUAAAGCAAAACUUAUAAAAGAAAACGCAAAAUUUGUGGCUGACUCUUUACUGCCACUUGUUGAAAUGAAGAUACAGAAAAGGAUCAAGCAAUCUCCCCGCCAACUAAAUGCAUUGAGAAAGGAAUUCGCAAGCAAAAUAUCUUCGAAAUAAAUCUUAAAUUAAACAAUCAAAAAUUACAUUCACUCCUAGUCCAUUUAUAUUAAACAUAUAUCUGCAUCCUUUUGUUGUUUAAGAAUAUAUUUGCUUUUGAUUUGCUUUGUCGAAAAUCAGGCAGAAGAUUUUAGAUCUAUAUAGCUGUAUUGAGUUUUUGUGCAAUAUAAAUAUGCUAAAAAUAUACAAGUGGUCGCUACUU